UAUGUUUCCUUAGUACUGCUGCAUUCUUUGAUGCCUUUACAAUUGAAUUCGGUGUUUGAGUUUUCGUCGGCUAAAUCGUCGAGUUCGAAAUACGAAAAUUUUCGGCGAAUUUCGUCUCGUGCAUUCGUGGUUGCCGAAUUUUCCAUGCAUUUUUAUUGUUGUUCGUUUAAUAUUAUUUAUUGUCGUUUCGCGUGAUUUUUCGCGUAAGUUACAAUAUUUUGUUGCGUUUUAUUAUUUAGUUUUAUUUAUUUUUUAAAAUUAUUUGUUCGUUUAUUUGAGUAUUUUUUCUCAAAAAAAAAUCGUGGUCGGUUUAUUUUUUGUUUUUCACACAUGUACUUAUAGCAGUUUUUCUUCAAUUUAUUGAUGCAGCUGUGAUUAAAUGUACGAACGAAGAAGAGUUGAGCGAAAAUGAAAUGUUACAAAGCUUCGAUUCGUCUCAUCAUUCAUAAAAAACGUGUAAUUUAGAAAGGCCACAAAAUGUUAAACAAAUUGAUGCCGUAUUUUUUACCGCUGAAUUUACUGAUAUUGGGUGCCUUUUUAUGGAAGACAUCGAACGGAGAACCAAAAAUAGGCGACACACCACCAGAUGCAAAUUCUCACAGUACAAAUAGUAAUUCCAGUAUAUCACCUUAUUUUGAUCUCAAUGUAGUCAGAAAUGUUACCACUAUUGUCGGUCAGAGUGCAUUUUUACACUGUCGUGUGUAUCAAUUAGGAGAUAAAUCGGUAUCUUGGAUUAGAAAAAGAGACUUACAUAUCUUAACCGCUGGACUUUUCACAUAUACCAGUGAUCAACGGUUUCAAGUUAUCAGACCAGAUAAAUCGGAGAACUGGACGUUACAUAUAAAAUUUCCACAGACCAGAGACACUGGCGUUUACGAAUGCCAAGUCAAUACUGAACCUAAGCAAAGUUUACCAUUUUGGCUACACGUAAUAGAGUCAAAAGCACAAAUCCAAGGACCACCAGACUUAUAUGUGAAAACCGGUAGCUCGGUAACGUUAGUUUGUACCAUUAGCCAAGGGCCACACGACUUAGGUACCGUAUUUUGGUACAGAGAUGAGCACCCAGUGCAAUCAGAAACACACCACAAGCCUCGAGUGACCAUUGAAACGGAAUGGUCGGAUACGCUUACAUCAAAAUUACGAAUUACUUCCGUAUUGACCACAGAUUCUGGAAAUUAUACCUGUGUUCCGACUGUUGCUAGCUCGGCUAGCGUAAAUAUCCACGUUAUAAGUGGGGAACAUCCGGCAGCAAUGCAGCAUGGCAAUACGAGUACAGCAAUUGCUGGAAUUCCUGUUAAUAUAUUGUUCGUUUAUUGUAUCAGUGUACAUCUGAUUGCCCAGUUGCAUUCGUCGUAAAACCAACGACAAUGGCAUUCGACAAUCUAAUAGAUUUUUUUUUAGCUCAUUUACCAUUAUGUAAAUAAUCUGUUUUUAUAAAUUUUUUUCUCUAUUAAAAAAAAAUCUUUCGUAUGUAAUUAAUUUGUAAUAUAUAUCGAGCGAGUUGUACUUUUUUUCGUUUUUAUUUCCCAUUUUGUAAAUACUGAUUACGUGUAGAAACACUUUUGUGAUAUUAAAAUAAUAUUUUAGCUUUUAUCAUUGUUGAAUAAUUCGUAAUUCAGAAACUUUUACGAUAUGUAUACGUGGUGCCUCUGGAAUUGAUUAAGCUUCGAAAAUCUUCUAAUUGUAUAACAUUCUAACCAUUAAUGUUGUAAAUUCUCAUAACUGUACCAUAAUAAAAUCUAUUUUUAAUAUUCGUC